AUGGGAAUUCUGAAAGUUAUCUUCUUUGUAUUCCUGCAGUUUCUGGUUAUAAAUGCAAGAAAUCAUUGCAAAAGUCACUUCUGUGGCAGCAAGUCCUUUGAAGUGAGGUUUCCUUUUCAAUUACAAGGCGGACGACUCCAAAACUGUGGCUAUCCCAGUUUUAUCUUGGAUUGCAGUAUCCAGAGAAACAGGGCAGUACUCAAUAUUCGUUAUUCUGGAGAUUUUCAUGUCCGCGAUAUGGACUACCUCAAGCAAGAAAUCCAGCUUAUGGACUUGAACCUUUCGUCUUCCCCUUUUAUGGCAGAUUAUUACCAGAGUUACACUUUCCUUCGCUGUCCUUCAGAUUUUACUAGAUCCCGGUUCACUACCAUUAACUGCCUUAGCAAUUCUACAAUAUACGUUAGCAACUUCUUCAAUGAAUUUUGCCAGGGUUAUGAACAUGUGCACUAUAAUUGUUACUUUGCCAAUCCCAGUUUCAUGGCCAUUUCAGUAUCAGAAAUUCCAUCUGACCUCGAUGAUGAUCUUAAAUUAACAUGGAAUGAUCCUGACUGUGUGGAUUGUGAGGAAAAAGGUGGUAUUUGUGGAUUUGAGAACAACACCAGCAGGGAAAUUCAUGUUUUCUGGAUCCUGGAACAGAUCACUUCCUCUAAAAAUAUAUCUUCUUUGCCCUCGUUCGAUUACAAAGAAGAGGCUGCCUCCGAUCAUGGGAGAGUCAAAGCCAUAUCUCUAGGACGCCAACAACUGGAAAACUGUGAAUCCAUCAAUCUGAAGUGUAGUAAUGAGGACAUAACCAUUCUAAAUCUUCCUUAUUCGGAAGAAUUUUUCGUUCAGGAUAUCUACUAUGACGAACAAGAAAUACAGGUCUAUGAUCCAAAUAACUGCCUUCCAAGAUGGCUUUUGAAUUUGAAUCUUUCGUCGUCCCCUUUAAUGGCCAUAGAAUAUCAGACCUACACCUUUUAUAGCUGUCCACGAGAACUUCUUCUCGGGUCCGAGUUCAAAGUUAUUGAUUGCCUAAGCAACUCCACAAGUGCUACAAUCGCUAGUUCCUUCGUGCCUCAAGAAUUGAUGGAACAAGUGUAUAAGUGCAAGAUAAUAUAUACGUCAUCAAUCCCAGUUUCCUGGCUGGGUCAAUUGGAUCACUGGGGAACUGAUAGUAAUCUUCUGUUAGCAUGGAAAGACCUUUCUUGCAAAGAUUGUGAAGGUAAAUUUCAUUCAAAAGUUCCAUUUGAUAACACUUUCCAUCAUUUGUUUAGAGUUCUUGAAAAUCCUAUUUGCUCAUGA